AUGACAAAGACUAGCCAGACUCCCUCAAAAACAAAAUCAUCCUCAAAACCUGCGUCUAAAUCCAAAAUUGAGAAGUCUAAGCCAAAGAUAAGUGUAAAUUCAAUAAUUAGUUCUGGACCAUUACCUGCUAUUUUUCAACCUCUAUCCUCUGAUAUCACUGUACCAGCACCCACUAUCACUCCUCCACCUCAAUCCUCUACCAUUUCUGUACCUCCAUCUCAAAAAAUAACCACCCGAGCAACUGUAACUACCCCACAGAUCACCUCCAAACCGACAAAGGUCAAGGCUUCUUCAAGAAAAUUAGUAAAAGGUGGAAAACAAAUUGAUAGUAUUGUUGUUAAGGGGGAACCAGAAGCUAAGGGUCCUAUUACUCUGGGGGAACAUGCAAUCGACAAAGGUGAACAAUUGGUAGAUUCAGAAGAAGAAAAGGAAAGUGAAGGAGAAGAAAACUCUGAGAGUAAGUGCAAUGAGGGUGUAGGAGAUAAUGAAAAAGAAAGUGAAGAUGAGGAUUCUAAAUCAGAAAGUGAGAAAGAAAAUACGAGUGAAGACUUUGAAGGCUCUAUGACUAUUAGAAAUACAGGCAUGGCCCCUUUGGAAGAAGUUAAUAAAGAGGAAGGGUCGGAGAAACCAAGGCCUUCCUUAACUCCUUUCUUAGGAGAUAAGGAGGUUGAAAGUGAUGAGGAUGACAUGCCACUAUCUGAGGUGGGAAAGAAGAAAGGGAAAGCCCCUGUAAAGCCUACAAGAGCAUAUUCACAGGCAAGGAAGUAA